GGUGAUGCACGCUCAUCGGCGCCGGCUGCAGGCGUGCAGACAUUAGUGGACAGGACGCGGCCUGAAGCUUUUAUCCUCGUUUAACAAACUUUGUCCUGAUGUUUGAAGUAAUUCAGUGAGUGUGAGGAUGCUAACAGACAUGAUUGUGGAGGAAGAAUUUGAGAUCAAGGAGGAGGAACCGUGGUACGACAAGCAAGACCUUGAACAUGACCUGCAGCUGGCAGCCGAGCUUGGGAAGACGCUCCUGGAGCGAAACAGGGAGCUGGAGCAGGGGCUGCAGCAGAUGUACUCCACCAACCAGGAACAGCUGCAGGAGAUAGAGCACCUCACGAAGCAGGUGGACCUCCUCCGGCAGGUCAACGAUCAGCACGCUAAGGUUUACGAGCAGCUGGACACAACGGCCCGGGAGCUGGAGCACAACAACCGCAAACUGGUUCAGGACAACAGGACGUCCCAGCAGAGGAUUCAGGGGCUGAUAGAGACAGUGGAGGUGCUGCAGACCCAGGUGGAGGAGCUGCAGCAGCAGGUGGAGCAGCUAAAGCUGACCCCUUCCAGGCCUCAGAAACAUCCAGGCAGAGAGAAGUGGCCACCACGCAGUGCUCAGAGCGUGUCCUGUCUGACAGAGCUCCAAAACACGCUCAGGUAUGAAUACGACCCUGAUGAAGCCUCAGAUGAAUUUGAGCCCCCAGACGUGUCAUGGCGUGAAGAGGAGCAGGCGUCACUACGUCAGUCCCUCCGUGCACUGCAGACUCAGUUCGCCAAUGAGCGAGCUCGUAGGGAGGAGUCUGAACGAGAGGCCGAGCUGCUCGCCAAUGAGAAUGCAGCGCUGGAGCAGAAAGUGGCAAGGAUGGAGGGGUGUCAGAUCAGGGUGUCAGAGCUAGAGCAAGAGGCCGAAGAGCUUCGUCAGCUCUGGAAAUCAGAGUCCUCAAAAAAGUCCACCAGGCCAGACUUCCUCCACAGUUUGUUGUCGAACUCGAUGUUCCUGAACCCAGAGGAAGAGGGUGAAGGGGAGUCUGCCAAAAGCCCGCGGCUCCUGAAGCGUUGGGAAAGUGAAAAGCUCAUUAAGGUGGCCCAAACUCCCAACCCCACCGACAGGAUCUACGACCAUGAGUGCUCCUGCGUGCGCCGAGCCGAGGUGGUGAAAUAUCGCGGGAUCUCUUUGCUCAACGAAGUCGACGCCCAGUACAGUGCCUUACAGGUGAAGUACGACGAGCUGCUGCGGCGUUGCCACCUAGGGCUGCAGGAGGAGGAGGGCGAGGAGCAGGAUGUGCAGAGCCACAAGUUGGUCCAGACUGCAUCCAUCACCUCUGCUGGUUCUGCUGGUUCUACUCUGGCUGACAUGGAGAACUUUGAGGAUGACUUUCACCAGCCGGAGUACAAGGAACUUUUUAGGGAAAUCUUCUCUCGUAUACAGAAAACCAAACAGGACCUUAUUGAAAACAGGGAGAGACUCUCAGCCAGUGAGGUGCUGCCUCUUUCACAUAAGCUGCUUCCAAAAAAAUAAAGGAAGACAAACAAAACCUGAUGCAACAUUUAUCGUUGUCUUCCAGGGAACUCUAAAACAGCACUUAAAACUCACUGACUUCACUCAUGAUGGCCUCUUUUUACCAAAAUAGUUAAUACAUUUACAUUGAAAAUUGACUGUUAUACUCUCAGUCUGAUGAAAACUUGACUGGUUCUGCACAUGCUCCUGUGUUGCAGGAACAAGAGCAGUAGUCCAGUUAAAUGGUCUAAUCUAGCCAUGACCGUAGCUCUGCUUAACUUUGCGUGUAAAUGUACUGAGAGAUUCUCAUGCAUAAGGGUUAAGAGACCAGAGUUAAGCAGGAAUAAGAGGAUGAACACCAGCAGCUUAAGGCUCACAUGGGAUUCACUUUGCACAGAAACACCCGUGCCUAAUGCUGCCAUCUCUACCAUACAAUUAAUGUACCUCACUCUGCACAACCCUGAUGAAAUUUGAUCUGAGUUUCAGUUUAUCGAGGAUCCUAUCUCUGUUUAAAAACAUGCAAUAACAGCAGUUUGCCACUUUUUUAAUGUGGUGAACCUGUUUUUAAACUGUUGCUUAUUCGCACAUCAAACAGCUUGAGAGAAACACUAUCAAGUAAGAGUUAUGUUUUUGACCAUCAGGUGAAUGCAAGUCAAAUAUUUGAUGUCUCGUUGCUCUGGCUUUGGUCAUCACCAGCUCCUGAGAGCAACAUCAGGAUCAUUAGUAGUCGGGUGUUACUCAAUGAUAGCUGCCUGCCUGUAAGCAAUGAACAUAAAGUUGUGAUUUGGUUUUAGAAUCUUUUCUCUGGAAAUGACCACACGAGAGGUGUAAGAAAACCAAAACACUGAGGUUGUUUGCUUGAUGGCUAAAUAGCGAAUUGAGAGUCAUCAAGGUCUGAAUCACACUUGGACAAAACUUCCUUAAUUUACAUGGGUGCGCUGCAUGUGUGAAUGCAAACAGAUGAAACUUUAACGCAGACUUUACCCCAGGUCUCCACUUGCCUGACAGGCAAACUGACAGAAAUAUUCCUGCUGUGAGGGACAAACAUGAACAACAAGGAAGUCAGGAAAUUAUCUGGGUAGGUUAAUCAGGGUUGCAUAUGUGAGAAGGGUUUAUGAAGCUCUUUGAGGGACAUGCCCGAUGUCAGUGUUUUUUGUGACAGCUGUAUCCACAACCUCAACUUCAGAGUGCUUUCCACCAGCACUCCCUUUUCCCCUCUCAUGGUACUUAUCACUGAAGGGACAUUUGGUUCCGUCAUAAAUUUCUUUCUAUGUAAAAGAAUUCUUUUAUGUCAUCAGCAGCAGCUUCAGGUCUGCAAAAUGUAAAAAAUAAGAAACAGUCAAGUGGCAGUAGUUUUUUGGUCAGUGGAUUUUAUGGCCAAUGAACUUCUAGUUUGAAAUCAUAAAUUCAAAAUCAAGAAACAAGGGAAAUACCUGCCCUUGGCUUUUUAAGGCAGUUCAUAUUAAAUGAGGGAUAAAAAAAAAAAACAGGAAACAAACCUUUUUUUUCUGGUAAACAUUAGUGAUGUAACUUUCUUUUUUUCCAAAGUACCUGCAGCAGGUCACACAUACAAGAUUAAAAGAAUGUUAUAUCACCAGUUUUCUGUUCUUUGAUCUUCCUUUUUUGAGCAGAACAUAAAACAAGAAGAUGAAAAAUUAGCUGUGUCUAUUUUUUUAAAAUUACUUUUGGAAAAGUAAAAAAGGGAAAUAGAAACCAAAAAACAGGAAACGGAAAAACUUUAAAUGGUUUGUUUUUCUUUUAUUCCCUGUUUAAUAUGAACUGCCUGAAAGGGCAAAAGUCGUGUUAUUUCUGUGAUUUGUUUUCCUGUUUUUAAACAGUAAUUGGGAAACCUCUUGUUCUUGUUUUCAGAUUUCUCAUUAAAAUCGAAAGUCUAUUGGCCUUAAAAUACCCUGACCUUUUUCCUCUGCCUUUGUUUUUGACAAAUUCAAAAUGGGAAGUUCCAGCUCUUCUUGUCUUUAAUUGAUCAGAGAGGGAGAAAAGACACUGACAAGUGCUCCUAAACUUGGACUACUUAGAGCGUGGAUGGCCUAGCAGCCCAGUUGCGCCCCAUGUAUGCAGGCAGCCUGGGUUCAAGUCUGGCCUGUGGCUCCUCUCCUUCAUGUCUCUCCCUUAUUCUCUCAUCCCUGGUUCCGAUCCUAUCCACUGUCCUCUAUCUAUAAAGGCAUUAAAAGCCCCCAAAUAUAUCUUUUUAAAAAGCUUGGGACUACUUUUAGCAGAGUGAUGAGUUCCAUGGCAAAAAAAAUAAAAAAGGCUGAUGGUAAAGGGGGUUUGGCCCUCCUGAUGUCAAGCACUGAAAUGUUGAACUGCUUUGGCUGUCUUUUUAAAGUGGCAUAUGUGGCCCUUAAAGUGAUAUUAUGCAAGGAUUAAGUUUGGCGUGGUUUGGCAUCCCCGCCAAAGCUAUAUAGUGCUGAAAGCAGGCUCUCAGUGGUAAAGAGUUAGACACUGCUCUCCCUUUUAAGAGUAGGAUUGGUUUGAAACUACUAUUUAUGGUGAAACCAUUUAAUAUUGUUGCUUUAUGCUAAAAGGGAUCCACAUUUGACCAAUUGAAAUGAGAUAAUUAUUACCAGGAAACCUUGAAAUAAAAGGGUCCUUGAGGUAAAAUGUUAAUGCUGUAUAUGGUGUUUUUUUACUGAGCUCCUGUGAUCCAAUGUGAACUUUCUAAUUUCUUUGCAGUUUUAAAAUGAAAAAAAAUCUUCCUAUAUGACAGCUCUGCCUGCGCCUAUAAGAUCAACAUAUGCAAGAAUGUCCAAUAUAAUAUUGGUGAUGGAGUUUGUGUCAAUAGGAGUUUGUGAUUUAAGGUGCUAAAUUGAAUUUUUGUAACUGUGACAUGUAUACUCAGAAAAUAUACUUGAUUACUGUAUGAUAGAGUAUAAAUAUCUGUGAGUGAAUGUGAUGUUAAAAAGAGCUUAAGGCGUCCUCUUAAAGACUACUUGAUAAUGUAACUGCGUAGCCCCUCAUGAAGGGUUGUAUGAUUAGAAGCUUUUCUCCGCUGCCUGAUGUUUGUGUGUUCAGCUUCCGAUUGUACACAUAGUUUGUCUUAAACCCAUGUUGAGAAGCACUUUAGGUUUGCACAUGCAUUGUUUAAUGCUCUAAGACACUUUACAUUUCUGUCACAUGUAGUUAUUAAGAAGUGAUGAUGAUGUUUAUGAAUAAUGUGCAGAACAUGUGUGGUAUGUACAAUGUGUUUGUAACUCUUCAUGAUUGGACGUUAUGUCUGAGCCAUAAAACA